GCGAGAAGCCCUUCAAGUGCGAGUACGAAGGCUGCGACCGGAGAUUCGCCAACUCGUCGGACCGCAAGAAGCACUCGCACGUGCACACGUCCGACAAGCCGUACAACUGCAAGGUGCGCGGCUGCGACAAGUCGUACACGCACCCGUCGUCGCUCCGGAAGCACAUGAAGGUGCACGGCAAGUCGCCGCCGCCCUCGGGCUCCGGCUACGAGAGCGACGACUCCACCACCACCAACGGCACGUCCACGUCCUCGUCGCUCGUGUCGUCGUCCAACGCGGGCCAGACGUCGCUCGGGUCGGGGCUCGGCGGCGGCGCGGGCGGCGGCGGCGGCGGCGGCGGCGCGGGCGGAGGCGGCGGCGGCGGCGGCGGCGGCAGCACUCCACCAACCUGAGCGAGUGGUACGUGUGCCAAAGCGCCGCCGGCAUGCCCACGCCGCCCAGCAACGAGCACAGCCCCGUGGGCGGCCUCACGCACGUGCUGCCGCCCUCGUCGACGGCCUACUAGCAGUGGGCGCGCGGCGGCGGCCCCCCCGCGCCCCCCCUCACCACCUGACGUGCCCUCCUCCGCUGCCUCCCGCCCGGGACGCCGGCAGGAGCCCCCCCUUCCCCUCUCGUCCUCAGUGAUGUACAUAGCGUGUACAUAGUGUACAGUGUAUAUAGUGUACAGACAGGUUAUAUUGAUAAGUUUUUACUGCGCGACGUGCGGGCGCGCCCGCGGGCCCCGCAGCUGAGACCUGAUACAAAUGUUUUUAUACAAUUACAAGGAUGCUCAACACUAUUAUUAUUUAUUACCACAUGUUCACUUUGUGAAUGACACAAGUGUUGUACCUCCGUUCUGUACAUGUAUAGUGUUGUUUUUCCUCCAUUAAAAUAAUAAACCUGAA